GUCCAGUGUGCUUUGAAGACGUAGCUGUCCAUUUCACAGACGAGGAGUGGGCGUUGCUGGAUCCUGACCAGAGAGCUCUGCAUGAGGAAGUCAUGGAGGAACAUCAUGGGAUCCUGGGCUCUCUGGGUGGUGAUGAAUUAGAAAUUAAGAACAAGGAGCACGAUGACCAAGUCCACACAGUGGAGAAGCCAUAUCAAUAUUCAGAGUGUGAAGUCAGCUUCAGUCAGAGCUCCGAUUCCACUUCCCAUCAAAAUCUCAUUGAGAAUAAACCCUACCAGUGCUUUGAAUGUGGAAAGAGCUUCAGUCACAGCCACCAUCUCACUUCCCAUCAAAGAAUUCAUACCGGGGAGAAACCAUUUCAGUGCUUGGAAUGUGGAAAGAGCUUUGGUCAGUGUGCCCACCUCGAUGCCCAUCUAAGAGUUCAUACAGGGGAGAAAUCGUAUCAUUGCUCGGCAUGUGGAAAGAACUUCAGUCAGAGUUCCCAUCUCAAUGCCCAUCAAAGAGUUCAUACAGGGGAGAAACCGUAUCAGUGCCUGGAAUGCGGAAAGAGCUUUAGUCACAGCACCCAUCUCACUGCCCAUCAAAUAAUUCAUACAGGGGAGAAACCAUAUCAUUGCUUGGUAUGUGGAAAGAGCUUCAGUCAAAGCGGCCAUCUCACUGCCCAUCAAAGAAUUCAUACUGGGGAGAAACCAUAUCCGUGCGUGGAAUGUGGAAAGAGCUUUGGUCAGAAGGCCCAUCUUAUUUCCCAUCAAAGAAUUCAUACAGGGGGGAAACCGUAUCAGUGCGUGGAAUGUGGAAAGAGCUUUGGUCAGAGGUCCAAUCUCGCUGCCCAUCAGAUAAUCCAUACAGGGGAGAAACCAUACAGGUGCUUGGAAUGUGGAAAGAGCUUCAAUCGCAGCGCCACUCUCUCUGACCAUCAAAGAACUCACAGCAAGGAAGAAUUGUAUAAAUGCUUGGAAUGUGGAAGGAGCUUCACCUGGAAGCAAAGUCUCAUUACGCAUCAAAGAAUUCAUACAGGGGAGAAACCGUAUCAGUGCUUGGAAUGUGGGAAGAGCUUCAGCCACAGCACCGGUCUCUCUUUCCAUCAAAGAAUUCAUACAGGGGAGAAACCCUAUCAGUGCUCAGUUUGUGAAAAGAGCUUCAGUCAGAGCAGCCAUCUCACUUCCCAUCAAAGGAUUCAUACAGGAGGGAAACCCUAUCAGUGCUCAGUUUGUGGAAAGAGCUUCAGUCAGAGCAGCCAACUCACUUCCCAUCAAAGGAUUCAUACAGGGGAGAAGCCCUAUCAGUGUUUGGAAUGUGGAAGGAGCUUCAAUCGCAGUCACCAUCUUGCUUGCCAUCAAACCAUCCAUACCGGAGAGAAACCGUAUCAAUGCCUUGAAUGCGGAAAGAGCUUUAAUACAAGCACAGCCUUCAAUAGUCACCAGCGUAUUCAUGGUGGGGAGAAACCAUUUCAGUGCCAAGAGUGUGGGAAGAGAUUCACCUGGAAGCAAAGUCUCAUGGCCCAUCAAAAAAUUCAUACGGGGGAGAAACCGUAUCAGUGCAUGGAAUGUGGAAAGAGCUUCCGUCGGAAGUCUCAUCUCACUGCUCAUCAGAUAACUCACAGCAGGGAGAAAACCAAUGAUGGCUGUGUAUGAAAUUAAUUCUAAGAAAAUUUAAUUAGCAUGCAGUUGAGGAUUGCAGCAGGGUUCUUGUCCUUCGGCAGUCCAGCAAAGACGUCAACCUUGUCUCUCAGCACCGUGGCGUCCACAGUCAGUGCCAGUAUUUCUUCAUACUGUGUACGCGAGGUGCGAGUCAUUGGCAAAGGUGUUGAAUAGCUUUUUCAUGACACGUCUGGGAGGAGGGUCAAUAGCAAUUUGGCAACAGUGAUGAGACUGCUAUUAAUGCUUAGUUUCCCUUGGAAGAGGUUGACAAGCAAUUCACAUACUUCCACUUCAAAAGCCUCCAAGUUGCAGAUUGGUGGUGCUCCUUGUUUUCUCUUGCUGCACAGGGUUGGACCCAAAGUAAUGGCUUCCAGAUAUAAGAAAG